AUGAACAGAGUACUCAGUCAGAGUACGGUGUGGAGGAUUGUGACGGAAAAUUUGACGAUGCGAAAAGUGUGUGCCAAACUGAUGCCAAACGUUUUGUCGGUGGAUCAGAAGAAAUGGCGCAUGACUGUUUGCCAGGAAAUGCUCCAACGGUUGAAUGCUGAUCCGAACUUUCUGGAGAAAGUGGCUACUGGUGAUGAGACCAGGGUCUACGGGUACGAUCCUGAGUCGAAGCGUCAAAGCUCAGAUUGGCACACUGCUUCCUUGCCGAAGCCCAAGAAAGCUCGCAUGAGCAAGUCGCGUGUGAAGUGCAUACUGAUUGUUUUUUUAAUUGUAAAAGAGUGA